AUGAUGUGGUUGUGGACCUCUUCCCUCAACUUUGUCUUGGCAAUCCUCCAACUUGGAUUCAACCUCCUCGUCCUGAUUGCCGUCGCUUCCGACCGACGUCUUCACACCAACAUUCAUUUGCUCUCCACUAGUUUAUGGGUGUGCAAUAGCAUCACAGCCAUAGUCACAAUAUUCUUUUCCCUCAAUCCGUCGCAAUGUUUGGAAGUGCCGUGUUAUCAACAUCAGCAACUACCAAAACAGGUGAGAAGACCAAGAAAUGUUUUGAGGUGACUUACGCCCCCCCUAAGCCGUCUGAUGUCUGGUGCCUGUGUUCACGAUCAGAACGCACGCCAGCGACUGGCGCAAUUGUCUUAUGAGAAAAAAGGAAAAAGAAAAAACCGGAAGUUGACCAAAGAUUUCUGAUUCCAAAAUGCUCCUUUCGAACUUUACGCGUGCCUUUGGACUUGGGAGGGGUUCUUAAGAAUGUUCUGCAUCUACUCAGGCAUGCACAUAACAUAGCUGUCUUUCUAUGAAUUGCUAUUCGUUCACAAAGACGUCUUUGUAUUAGAAGUUCGCACUUUUGAUCCUACUUAUGUGGGUUCUUCUUUGAUUGAAGACGUUUCCGCAGAACUUUAAACUCUUAGUUUGUGGAAUUGUGGAGAAAAACGAGGGCAACAAGGAAGAAAGAAUCUCAAAGACGCGUCAUUAGAAACUUGUUGUUUCUUGAAGUUUGGACCCGACUGAAAACAACAUCGUAUGGAACUCAUUGAGAUUUAUGCUAACAUUUAUGGGUUCUCUACCAAGAUUGAAAACAUUUUCUCGUGAAGGUCUUCCUCAAGAAAGAGAAAUAUAUUUUUCAUUAUAGCCGGGUUAAUUAGCUGUGCCCCUGUCCGUUAUUGUUAUUUUCUGACGAGCCGCCGAUUCAUCGAAACCAGUCUAUGAUCUCUGUUUUGAUUCCGAGGAAGAAACACGCCGCUUUCGUGGUUGGUCAUUACUCGUGCACCAUUGAGCACGAGGAAAGAGUCCAUGAAUGCACAAAACAAUCUGUUCCGUUUCUUAUAAUUGCAUACACAUGCGCAGACAAUUUUGUCUCGCGUACACAUACGUAAAAUAUAAAUUUGGCUCUGGGUUUUUGUUAUAUUGCGAGAUGGAGUGAGGGAAAUGGGCUUCCAGUUCCCACGAGCACCACUAAAAAUGCAAAGCAUUUGUGAUAGAUCGAAGGCGCUUUCGGAAAAAAUUUGAGGCCACGGGAAACGGAUAAUAUCAUUAAAACGGUGCUAUUUUCAGUUUGUGGAUGUCAAGUCUCGUUCGUUUGCCGAAUUGGAAAAGUUUCCUGCUCUGACGACCGCAAUUCUCCUAAACUCGACGAUUAGCUUGCUGACCUUGUUGACAAUUGGAUUUGUGCACGCACUUGCCCGCCACAACUAUCAUCUGUCGAGGUUGGUUUGAAGGCACUUUCGCGAAAUACUGGGAAAUUGACUUCUCAAGUUGCUCCUCAGUCAGGUGCCACUAUUUGCCUGACAAGGAAGUCAACAUGUAAAGCAUAAAAAGGGCAUGUGCUGGGCCCGCAUGUCACAUCACAUUCAUGUUUCCCAUGUGUACGUCACAUAAAAGAGUCUCUCGAGAUUUUCAUUAGUGUCGGUUGCCGUUGCUCUCAUCGGAAGGAGCAACAUGAAACUUUGUGCCUUCGAAAGAGCCCAUCCCUUUUUGCUACAAACAAAGCGCCCUUGUUUUUGAAAAAGAGUCUAUGCUAAUGAACACGAGCGGAUGGGAAGACGCACUUGCCUCCACUCCUUUUGGUCAUUAGUCUUUUUUUCUCCACAAAAAUUUAUGAAUGGGAGCAUACACAAUGAAGGGGACUGAAUGAUGAAUUGAAAAGAACGACACGUUUUUGAAAGUGUCCGAGGGGUUGGUCACAAUUCAAUUUCACUCGUAAAGAUGCUCAAUGUGAAUCAUCCAAGUAUGAAAAGUGCAUUCUAAUUGUUCAUUGCUUCAAUGACAACGACAAUUCAAAAGAAUCCGGAUUAGUAACGUUGUAGUUGUAACAAAACGUCCCGGACUACUAACCGGAUUACCAAUAUCUACAAAAAGGGACUUUCAGAUCUCAACUGUCGCGGCUCAUCGGAUCAACAUGGCUUCUGGUGACGUUGCUUCUGUUAUCCGACUUCUUCCUUAUCCGUCUCUCACGUUCUUUUGUGUUAGCAGUGCCUUUCCAUCUCGCACUUCUCUCUGUUUUCCUCGUACUCAAUCUGAUUAUCCAUCCACUCAACCUCAUUCAAUUGAUUAUAUCUCAGCGCCUGAGUCCAGAGGUCAGACCAAUCCAGUCAAUGCGCGAUAUCCAAAUGUUUCAGGUCAACAGCCAAACGGCUCGUCUCAUGAAGGACUGUGCAACUGCUUCCCUCUGGCUUCUCCUCAAUAGUCUUUCAUUCAUUAUCAUUUUCAUGAUGGUCGCCUGGGAGAGUAAAGAAAAGGUUCGGAUAAAUUAAGGGAGACAUGACUCAACUUCAACUCACAGGACCAAUACAACUCCAUAAUGGGUAUCGAAGUAGCUGCUUUCUCCGUUCACUGCGUGGCAAAUCCGCUGAUUGCCGUGAUCCGAGACAGACAGCUUGAACGGAGUCUUUCCCGUAUUGUUAUGAGAAAUAAAAGGUGAAAAGGAAAAACACUACAUAAUUUCGAUGUUCAUUUUCAGACCACGCACCAACCACGAAGAAGAUCUCAUCAUCGCUCUGAUGCGUGACCCCCCACCGCCAUACACCGAGUAA